AUGUCCAGCCAGGGAUACAAGCGAACGAACUUUGAAGAGGACGACUAUGCGUCAAACGGAGGCUCAGCGCCGCCCGCGGAUUUCCCAUCUGCUGUGGCAUUCAGAGGAAGGAGCAUUGGACUUCACUUAUGGAAGAACAGAACCCCUUGCGAGAAAAUCCUGUUUGUGUGUGUAGGCGCCUUGCUUCUCCACAUAUUCAUCAUCGCAGGCCUGUUGGCGCUGAAGGAAUCUCGUAUUGGCGAUCUAAGGGCAGAGAACAAACGGUUCUGCUUAACACCAGAAUGUGUGAACAUUGCAAGCACCCUCCUGACCUCUAUGGACAGAACCGUGGACCCGUGUGAGGACUUCUACGAAUACGCUUGUGGGGGCUGGAUGAAGAACAACCCCAUUCCUUCGGGCCACUCUCGUUGGGGCACUUUUGAGCUAAUGUGGCAGAAGAAUAUGCUGGUGAUGCGAAACGCCAUAGACAAACCGGAUUCGUCUUUCACCAGCACAGCUCAGCUGAAGGCAAAGAAAUACUUUCAGUCCUGUAUGGACGAAGACAAGCUGAUAGAGAAGGCUGGGCCCAAACCUCUGCUGGAUCUGAUCGAUGGGCUCGGAUGGGGCAUCAACAUCAGUGCCUGGGACCAUGGCUGGGAGAUUGACAGCAGGUGGAACCUCAAUAAGAUGUUGGAGGAUGUACACCUCUGGAAUGUUGCAUCGUUGUUUACGGUGUGGGUAGCAGAGGACGACAAGAAUUCCAGUGUCAAUGUACUGCAGAUUGACCAAGGAGGCACAAGUUUGCCAGAGAGGGAUUACUACCUCAACAAGACCAUCACAGAGGACAAGAUUCUCUCCGCUUACCUCAAGUACAUGGUUACUUUAUUUCAACUUCUUGGAGCUCCAAAUGAGACAUUUACUAGAGAGCAGAUGAUUAAAGUGAUAGAGUUUGAAACAGAACUUGCCAAUAUUACAACUCCCAUGGAGGACAGGCGUGAUGAGAGUAAACUGUACCACAGCUACACUCUGGCAAACAUCUCUAGAUCUUUCCCACAGAUCAACUGGAUCCACUUUGUGAACCGCUUGCUGAAUGUAGUUAAUCUCAGAAUGUUACCUACAGAAAGGAUUGUAGUGUAUGCUCCUGAGUUUCUGGACAAGCUGAACACUAUACUGGCCAGCUAUGUUUCCACCGAAGAAGGAAAACAAAUCCUUACAAGCUAUCUGUUAUGGGAUGUUGUGAGUGACUUUGCAGGUUUUCUGUCCAAGCCAUUUAGAGAUGCUAAAAAGGAAUUUAUGGAGUCAAUGUCAGGUCUGACAGGCAGUGAUGAAAAGUGGCACAACUGUAUAACUGAUACUGACGCUGUUGCAGGAUUUGCCCUAGGGGCUCUGUUUGUGAAAGAGACAUUUGUUGGUGGAAGCAAAGAAAAGGCUAAAGAGAUGAUAGACAAUGUUCGGGAAGCUUUCAUUUCCAACUUGCCAAAUCUGGAUUGGAUGGACCCGGUGACACGAGCUGCUGCCAUUGAUAAGGCAAACGCAGUCAAGGACAUGAUUGGCUACCCUAGUUUCAUUCUCAACGACAGUCUGCUGGACAUAAGAUAUGAGAAGCUACAUAUCAACGAAACAGACUACUUCGGCAACAACAUGGACUCCAUUCGCUACAACUUUUUCCGCACAUUUGAAAAGUUGAGGCAGAAGGCAGAAGAUGAGUGGGCCAUGUCUCCGCCCACAGUCAAUGCCUACUACACUGCAAGUAAGAACACCAUUGUUUUCCCAGCAGGCAUCUUGCAAGCUCCAUUCUUUGACAAAAAUGUCCCACAGUCUUUGAAUUAUGGUGCUAUGGGAGUGGUUAUGGGACAUGAGCUGACCCAUGGCUUUGAUGAUCAAGGUCGGGAGUAUGACAAGUAUGGCAAUAUGAAGCAGUGGUGGGAUCCUGAAGCAGUCAAGAGGUUUACUAAUGAAACCAAGUGUAUCAUUGAUCAGUACAGCGAGUAUCAGUUACAUGGCGAACAUGAGAAAGGCAAACAGACUCUAGGAGAGAAUAUUGCCGACAAUGGAGGCUUGAAAUCAGCAUAUAAUGCUUACCAGAAAUGGGUCAAGAAGAAUGGACAAGAACAGCUGCUGCCAGCUCUGGGAAUGACUCAUGAGCAGUUAUUCUUUCUCUCGUUUGCUCAGGUUUGGUGUUGGAAUAGCAAGCCAGAGACUGACCACUUGCAAGUCCUGACUGAUCCACACUCUCCAGCUAAGUUCAGAGUAAUCGGCCCACUGUCCAACUCCUACGAGUUCUCAGAUGUCUACAGGUGUAGCAGCAAAUCUAGGAUGAACCCAAAGAAAAAGUGUGAGGUUUGGUGA